GUUGGCGGUGCACUUUCAACCUGUGCUCAACUCCCGAUGAAAACGAAGCGGGUUUCAUCUGCCGCAGAAGUUUUACGGCAGUGUUCAACAUAUCUGUUCGAUUGUGAUGGUGUACUGUGGAAUUCAAAGAACGUCAUCCCUGGCGCUAUCGCCCUAUUGGAUCGACUGUUCGAGUUGAAGCGGAACGUCUUCUUGAUAACGAACAACAGUACCAAAUCUGUCGAACAGUAUUCUGAGAAGUGUCGUACCCUUGGUCUACCUGUAUCUGCGAAAAACAUCAUCUGUUCGGCGAACGUGGCCGCUAAUUAUCUUAAAUGUCAAGGCAAUUUCGGUCCAGUCUAUGUGGUCGGCCAGAGUGGGAUCGGACUCGAGUUGGACAAGUGUGGUAUUGCACACUUUGGUAUAGGGCCGGAUCAAGGACCUGACAAUGAUGUCUUUCGUGACAUCCAUCUGGAGCCCAACACUACCGGCGUGGUGAUUGGAUUUGAUGAAUAUUUCAAUUACAGAAAACUUAUAAAAGCGACUUCAUAUGUUUGUAGGGGACUACCGUUUUUCGCAACCAACGAGGAUGCACAACUUCCAGAAGGGGACACGAUCCUUCCAGGCACAGGGUCAAUCUUAGCUUCCGUGAAGUAUGCAGCGGGUAAGGAGCCAAUUGUAAUGGGGAAACCGCAUCAGCCGAUUUUCGAUGUUCUGCGCAGUCAACACAACAUUGACCCGGACAAGACACUGAUGAUCGGAGACCGACUGGAUACGGAUAUUGCAUUUGGGAAUUGUUUUGGCAUGUACACUGCUUGCGUAUUGACGGGCGUCACAGAUUCCGAAUUACUGAGCAAGGUGGAGAAUGACCCGGGGAGAACACUUCACAGGCCUACAUGUACGUUCGAGUCUGUACAGCAGAUAUUGGAGAAACUGAAUGAGAUCGAAAACCAAGGAGCGCCACACCCCACGGGCUAA